AUGAAGCUGUCAUUGACUGAACUGUCCUUCUCUGGGACACUGCUUUUCCUGACAAUGUCAAAUCUGCUCCCUUGGGAACAUGUGGCCUCAUCACCAGAUUCCCAUUUGUCCACUGGAAGCUUAUACCAACGUAUGGUUGAAUUGUCACACUACACCCAUGCACUUGCCUCAAAAGUCUUCAGUGACUUUAAUAUGAAGUUUGGUAGGAGUAUUUGGAGACAGAACCUGUUGUUAAGCACCUGCCACACUGCCUCUAUUCCUGCUCCAGAAAACAGAGAACAAGUCCACCAAACCAAAAUUCAGCCCAGAUCUGUUGAAGAUGAGUUUACAUCCUGGUCUGGAUGGUUAGAUUUGCAGUCAUCUGAUGAAGCUACUCGCAACCUUGCUCUUUAUACACUGGCCCGCUGCAUACGCAGGGAUACACAUAAAGUUGACAAUUAUCUCAAGGUUUUGAAGUGCCGAGAUGUCCAUAACAACAACUGCUGAGCUCAAAUCUUUGUUCACUGUCAUGGAGAAGGUCCUUGAUAAUCCGGAUGUUCAAAGUUCCAUUGAAUCUCUACCUUUUGGUGUAUUCCUAAGUUUAAUGGAUAUGUUAUUCUAAAAUAAACACUGAUUAUUU